AGGGGCCGAGGGAGGUUCUGAGUAGAAACAGAGCGUCCAAUGUUUCAUAUUACACUCCUCGACUUGGUGAAAAAAAAAGAGUAGAAGUAGAAGAGGAGGAGGAAACCUGGGGGUUCUUUUCUUCAGAGGCAUUUAACUUGGAGUUUAUGGAGGCUGCAGCCGUGGAAAAUGAAGAUCUCUUCUGUGGUCUUCGCUCUCCUGACUCGAGCUCUGCUUGGAGAUUUGUGUUUGGCUGUCAACGUCACCAUCACCCCUUCCCCCUUCACAGUCGCCCAGGAGGGUCAGAACAUCACGCUGUCCUGUGUUGUGUCCCAGCGGCGUCGUAAUGCUGCUCUGCCCGUGGUGAAAUGGACUUUCCUGCCAGCGGGCACAGACCGUCCAGAGGAUGAACUCCUCAUUGCCCGCGUUAACAUGAGGAAGGCCCGUUUCUAUGGCAACUACACAAAAAGUUUCCCAUGGCCUAAACUCAAGCUGACGGUGGUGAAGCAGGGGAAGAUCUUUGACCUGCUGAUCUUGAAUGUGUCCGAGGGGGACCGGGGUCUCUACAUGUGCCGGGUGCAGGAGUUUAAAAAGCACCAGGAUCGCUGGAAGGCCUCCUCAAACUGCACCGCCGCUACGGAGCUCAGAGUGCAUGUCCUACCGGCCAUCAAGGCCAAAGAAAGCCUCUGGAGCUUGUUUGAAGAUGUGUACUUGUGUGCAGUGCUGAUCUGCUCAGUGGGUUUGCUGUGUAUGUGCAUGUUCACAGUGACGGUAACCUGCCAGUACAUACAGAGGAAGCAAAGGUUAAAAGAUAAUUACCACUUGGUCAAAAGUCCACAGAACAGCUCAGGAGAGACAGUCACCAGUUUGGUCAGUGUGUCUCCUGCCCUGCCUAAGAAGGAGAGGAGGUACAGGAAGAAAAGGAGCAGGGACUACCAAGAGGAGGUACCACCAGAGAUACCAGCAAAAGCUCCCAUUGGAGACAAAACACGGAAACCCAAACUUUUAAAACCACAACCAAGGAAAGUGGUGUUGCCGAAGAUAGUGGAGGAGAAUCUGACCUAUGCCGAGCUGGAUCUGGUGAAGCCAAUUCCGGAAACCAAGGCCUCCUGUAGCGGCACUGUGUACGCUCAAAUACUGUUUGGUGAACAGCAGCUAUGAGAGAAACAUACACACCACUAGUAACUGUCUUAUGUAAAAAAAAAGAAAAAAAAAGUGUUGUCUAUUUAUAGUCUGUAUUAUUUUGUAUCCAGAUGGUUUGUGAAGAACAAAAUGUGUAAUGUCUUACAAUUACUGUACAUAUGAUUUUAUAUAUUCUUUGCUAUAACUUCAUUUUAUGAGACCAAGAUGCAAAAGGAAAAGUUUUGUGUACUGGAAUAUUUCAUUUAAUGUUUAUUUUUUUCUUUUGCACCCAUAUUUGAAUUCUGUGUAGCUUAAACACAAUAGAAGACUGCAAUGCUGAUUUAGACCAGAUUUGUCCGCCAUGACAAUCGGUUUCAAAUUUAAAUUCAUAAAUUCACAUUACAGACUGUAUGUUUCAGCAACAAAAUGCCAUGCGAUAUAUAUGCUGAUCCCUGGGAGUUCUUAAUGUCUUUGACAUUUCAGCCCGUCGAUCUCACUCACACUGUGAACUGUGGGAAACUCCAUCUAGAAUAAGCAGAUUCUUGAAGGCGCGACAAAGUAAAUUAAAGACAUCCGUUGUUAUUGGAUGUCAAUGCAUUUUCAAAUGUGAUUUACCUCUAGUGUGUUCCCAGCAUUAUCUGCCUCACAGCAUCUGUGUUCAGUCGAUUUUUUUCUGCAUCAGGCUGCAGUUCAUAAUGACCACAACUCCACAGAGUUGAUAUUAAAGUAGCGAUUAGCCCCUUAACCUCCCCCACAGGCAAGUAUGUGAGACCAUGCGAGCCCUUUUAUCUUGUGCCAACAUCAACUUAACAGGCUGUUAGCGACACACACACACACACAAACAUACAUACAUACAAGGUGGAGUUACAUGUCGGCUAAACACCCUUUAAACACAUAAAGGCACAUACUGUAAAUCCAAAAGGCUGCAAACAACUGCGACACCAGAUCUACGAACAGGGAUUAACUAAGGUCGGUGUUUGUAUUUCACAUUAACGUGAGUCAUAGCUUCAAAUCUUCAGGUAAAUCAGUUGUUUGGGAGAAGAGCCAGAAGCCGUAUCAGCUCCUUGUUUUUUCUCACUUUCCAUGAAUCCGAGUGUGAAAGCGCUUAGGCCUCUUUUUCCAUUUAAUGAUCCUCUGGAUUCAGGCAUGGAAAAGCAAAGGAGAGUUUUUUAAACAGUGAACUUGAAACCCAGACACAAAGGCACCGGAUCCCUCCCUUCCCCCAAAGACCUCCACUAUCUUAUGCGGAGUAUCCAUGAAGAUGGAGCAGUGGUGGAAGAAGUACUCAGAUCUUUUACUUAAGUAAAAAGUAAGAUAGAGCAAUGUUAAAGUACCUCAUUGCACAUAAAAGUCCAACAAAUCCUACACAAGUAAAAGUACAGAAGUAUUAUGUUAUGUCUUUAUAUAUUACAUUAUUAGUUAGUGUUACUGUUGCAUCGGUUUGGUACAAUAGUUAAUUGGUUUCCAACAUCGGCUUGAGCCCCACCAGAUAAAUCUAAGGGGGGGUGCUCAUUAAUGGGAGUAAAAAAAAAAACAAACUCUCAUACACAAACCUCCUUUGUUGCGACUUCAUCUACUUUUUUUGCAAUGGAUAAUUUGAGCUACUUGAGCAUCAAAGAGUUAUUUAAAUUAGACCAAGUUUAGAGGGGAAACGUCUCUUUUGUAGACCUGCUUACAAUGUUUAAUGGCUCAAUCCCACCAGGCACAGCAGAGCCAGAAAGUGGAGCUGAUUGCAGCCAUUCUAGACAAUGAUUGUGAUUCCACCAGAAGCGCUGUGACGCAUUUCAGAUGCAUCCCACAAGCAGCUCUCAGCUAUGUUCUCAUAGAAUAUGUGGCUGGUCUAUUUUUGAUGGACGCCAUGACCAGCCACAUCAAGCAGCACAGAACAGAUAGAGCCGACCGGAAGUCAGCUCUCAGCUAUGUUCUCAUAGAAUCCAGUCAAUUUUCAAAAUAAAACCCUGCGCAGACUCCCGAUCGUAAGAACAGCCGAAAAUUUAACAACAUAGCCUACUUACUCAUGGUGAAAGCACAUAAACCAAUAAAAAAUGACUAAACCAAAGUUAAAGUCUACACUUCUGAAACGCUUCUGGUGUGGUAUGAAGCCGUGUAGAGAACAAACCAAAACAGUGUUGCAGCUGUGACAUCACAGAGCAAUGCCCGGUGGGAUUCAAGCAUUAGGCACCACAAAAAGUUUGGGUUGUAUUCUUUAUUAACAUGUUUUGUAAGUGAGUUAAAUAUUUCUUGUGAAAUCCUUAUUUGUUAACUAGUAACUAUAACCUUCAGAUAAAUACAGAAAUAGUAAUAAUAAUGUAUUUGUAAUGUGAAAUGUAGUAGUAGAAAAGUACCUCAGAACUGUGCUUCGGUACAAUACUUGAGUAAAUGUACUUAGUUACUUUCCACCACUGAGAUGGAGCCCUUCACAAAUACAACGUGUUUCCCCCUUUUGGUCACGUUAGCUAAACCUGCUAUUUGUCUGUAUUUAGUAACUUGAGCAAGAACAUUCAAGUAUGAACUUAUUUGUGGUAUUUGUUUAAGAGUUAUGUAAUGACUUUCUCAGAAGCUAUGUAGCAACUAUGGUUAGCUAGCUAGCAGCUGAUAUACACAUGAAAUUUAUUGGACUGGUGUGAUGAAAGAGUCUGUCUCCGCUAACAAAAAGACAGAAGUUAUCCGUGUCUGUUUGCCAGCCACAACCCAACAAAGUACAGUACACUACACAGAUUUCAAACUAUCACCAAUUCAAAACCUAUUUUUACAGCGAGCUGGUGGUUGUGGACUUUGACGUUCUUUGUUCCCCUGCUUAUAUAUUGCAUUUCAAUUCAAACCACUAUCGACCUCCAUUCCAGUUUUCCAUUGUUGUUAUGUAUGUUUCAGUUGCACAGUGUUUAUUAUCCAUAUAUGAAAUGACUGAAAGUGACCUUUCAGUGGCGGGCAAAAGUGUCUUAAAAAUGCCCUUAAACUGUGAAAUGUAAAGUUUGUUCCAGACCACAUUGUCCUUAAUGGGAGUCCACUAACUAGAACCAUGUGUGUGAACUGUGUCUCUCUGCUCUCUCCCUCUCUCUGCCCUCUGCUGACCUCUUUAUUCAUCAACAUUCCAGCAUUUCUGCCCUUGUUUGUUUUGUUUCAUUUCAUCUGUACACUGUGUAGCACUAAGUGAAAUAAAUAUAAAUGUGGAUGUGA